GCUCAGAGAAGGGUAGUAUGCGAAUUUCAAAGGUUUGAAAGGCAGACAGGGCCUCCGCCGACCGCGCGGAGCUGUCUAUGGUGCUGAAGCUUUCCAAGCGUUUGUCUCCACCACUACACGGAGUUAGAUUGCUUAUUUUCAUUCCAGGCUUUCUUGUUCCCCCAUGCAUUGGAUAAGACUAAUUUCAGGAUCGUGAAUAUCUCUCCGUAUCAUGGCCCACGUGAGACACUUUCGGACAUUAGUUUCGGGAUUUUAUUUCUGGGAAGCAGCACUGUUACUCAGUUUGGUUUCAACAAAGGAAACAAACAGUGCAAGAUCUAGAAGUGCUCCAAUGUCACCUUCUGACUUUCUGGAUAAAUUAAUGGGGAGGACAUCAGGGUAUGAUGCAAGAAUCAGACCCAAUUUUAAAGGUCCUCCAGUUAAUGUCACAUGCAACAUAUUCAUAAACAGCUUUGGCUCUAUUGCUGAGACAACCAUGGAUUACAGAGUGAAUAUCUUUCUUCGCCAGAAAUGGAACGAUCCUCGCCUUGCAUAUAGUGAAUAUCCUGAUGACUCUUUAGACCUAGAUCCUUCCAUGUUGGACUCCAUUUGGAAACCUGACCUGUUCUUUGCCAAUGAAAAGGGUGCCAACUUUCACGAAGUUACUACAGAUAACAAACUGUUAAGAAUUUUCAAGAAUGGAAAUGUUCUUUAUUCAAUAAGAUUGACAUUAACACUUUCCUGUCCAAUGGAUCUCAAGAAUUUUCCGAUGGAUGUGCAAACGUGCAUAAUGCAACUGGAGAGUUUUGGAUACACAAUGAAUGAUCUCAUUUUUGAAUGGCAAGAUGAGGCACCUGUACAAGUGGCAGAAGGACUCACUCUGCCCCAAUUUCUGUUGAAAGAAGAGAAAGAUUUACGAUACUGCACUAAACAUUACAACACAGGAAAGUUUACAUGUAUAGAAGUGCGAUUCCAUCUUGAACGACAAAUGGGAUACUAUCUGAUCCAGAUGUAUAUCCCCAGUCUCCUGAUUGUUAUUCUGUCGUGGGUUUCCUUCUGGAUCAAUAUGGAUGCUGCUCCGGCCAGGGUAGCUUUGGGGAUAACUACUGUGCUGACUAUGACCACACAGAGUUCAGGAUCCCGAGCUUCCUUACCAAAGGUAUCAUACGUCAAAGCUAUUGACAUUUGGAUGGCAGUGUGCCUCCUUUUUGUGUUUGCAGCACUUCUGGAAUAUGCAGCUGUAAAUUUUGUAUCACGACAACACAAAGAACUACUGAGAUUUCGACGGAAGAGAAAGAAUAAGACAGAAGCUUUUGCAUUGGAGAAGUUUUACCGUUUCUCAGACACGGAUGAUGAGGUAAGGGAAAGUCGCUUCAGCUUCACUGCCUAUGGCAUGGGGCCGUGUCUGCAAGCAAAAGAGAGUGUGACCCCCAAGGGCCCAAACCGUCCUGUCCAGGUAAUGCCAGAAAGCCCUGAUGAAAUGAGGAAGAUCUUCAUCGACCGGGCCAAGAAGAUUGACACCAUCUCCCGAGCCUGCUUCCCAUUAGCCUUUUUGAUUUUUAAUAUUUUCUACUGGGUUAUCUAUAAAAUUCUUAGGCAUGAGGAUAUACAUCAGCAAUGAGAUUAAGUCUCCGGGGUCAUGCAAGUGCAAACAGUCAAUUCGAAUGAAAG